AUGGACGAGACCGACGAGCAACAGCCUCUCCUCCGCGGCCAAAGCGACCCGACCCAGCAGCAGGGCGCGGACGAGGUCAGCACAUACACCAGGCGAAGGAGAAAGUGCCAAGACCUGCUCGUCUCCAAACAGAAGCAUUACCUGGUGCUGGCGCUGGUGGCCCUCGACGUCUCUUGCCUGCUCGCCGACAUCUUCAUCACGCUGAUCGACUGCGACAGCAGAAUCAAGAACGACGCCUGGGUCCCAGGUGUCCAUAAGGGCCUGGAGGAAGCCGGCCUUGUCUUCUCGUGUCUCUUCUUGGCUGAGCUGAUAGCGAGCCUGUGGGCCUUUGGUCUCGAGUUUCUGCGUUCCUGGUUCCACAUCUUUGAUGCUAUAGUCAUUGUCGCCAGUUUUCUCAUCGAUGUACUGACUCACGGCGUUCUUGAGGAGGUCGCAUCUCUUAUCAUCAUCCUGCGUCUAUGGCGCUUUGUGAAGAUUAUCGAGGAGUUGUCUGUUGGGGCUUCGGAGCAGAUGGAAGACCUCGAGAUGAGGAUCGAACGUCUUGAGGAGGAAAAUGCCAGUCUAAGGGACAAGCUGAAAGAACGUGCACCGACGGAUGGGGAUGGGGAUGAGGGUGAGGGUGAGGGUGAGGCCGCAUCAUGA